GACGGCGGCGAGUGAUCUCUGCGCAACAACCUGCCCGUGCAAGGCGGAGGCGAAGAUCAAGAUGGAGAUCGAGACGGAGUCAAAGUCGGGGAGCAGGGACUCCGAUGCGGAGGUUUCGGGGUGUGAGAAGAGGAUGAAGGAAACAGAUUAUGAUUCGGAUGGAAGGUUAAAGUUGGAGAUUGAGUGGAAUCCGAUGAAGUUGCAGAUUCAGAUUUUACUCUCCGAUAUGGAUCGGUUGAUGACGAGCGGUGAAGGGGAAGAUGAAGGUAGAAAUAGAAUAGUGCAGUCGCAAGCCAAGACGUUGUUGAGAAUGGUAGAAUUGUGCAGAUGCUGCAGGGAAGCCUAAGCCUGCUUUCAGAAAAGAUAAACCAGCGAUUGGUGGAUCACGAAGAGCUGGAUGGGAUAAAGGACGCCUCGAAGAUGGAUUCAGCGAUGGGGAACGGCCAUGCCACAAAGGUGGAUUCAGCGGUGGGGAACUCAAAGGAAGGCCACGCCAUGAAGGUGGAUUCGGCGAUGGGGAACACAAAGGAAGACCACGGCACGAAGGUGGGUUUGGCGAUGAGGAACUCAAAGGAACGCCUGAAAGGGGACAAGUCAGGGAAACGAAAAGUGUCCAAAAGGAGGAGGAAAAGUUACGGAAGCAGUUGGAGAAGUAUGAGGAGUAUAGGAGGAAGAUGGCUGAGGAAGAGCUUCAUCGGGAUCCAGAGGAGCUAACAGACCCUUACGCCUACCAAGCAAGGUUGUUUGAAAAAAGGUGGAACGAGCUCUAUCUGAAUCGCUAUGGUCGCUUGGAAGACAACACAUCUAUCCCUUGCAAGCGGUAUACAGUUAAUCCUGCGCCAGAUGGUGGUCAUAAGUGCGAUACUCUGCAGGUGUUUUCUGUCAAGGUUGCAGAAUUAACAGGAGGUUUACAGUGGCCGCUCGAUGUGUUUGGUAUGGUAGCUCUGCGUGACAUGUUAGAUCACAACCGCAAUAUUAUCUUCAAGCGCGGAAGGGAUAACUGUCAAACUCUCACCGACGAGAAUACAUAUUUAGUAAUGACUGGUCCUGUCCGUGGUGUUGUGUCCUCUGGUCCUGUGAUCUUUGAGGUUAAGUUGUAUGUGAGGGGCAUUACUGAGUCCGAUGACAAAGAAUUAAGCCUGCUAGCAGCUAGGCUCGUCAACCUCAGUUACAACACCCCCUGGAGUCGCUUCUGAUUAAGAAGUCCUACACUAGCAGG